AUCAGGGAAGAAGCCUGAGAAGAGGCGUCGCAAAGCCUCCGCACUGCGGGCAAGCCCACUGCUGCUUCCUUCCCACGCCCUCCGCGAGGGAAAAAGGAGAGCCCGAGCGCUUUCGAGGUUCCCUUCGCCUCCGGGCCUGUUAAGUUGAUUUCACAGACUUUAUCAGGCCUUUCAAGCAAAAACAGGUGAUUAUUGCUGUGGGUUGAGUUCAGAAUGGCUGUAGUCAUCCGUUUACAGGGGCUUCCUGUUGUUGCGGGUUCUGCAGAUAUUCGCCGUUUCUUCUCAGGAUUAAAUAUCCCUGAUGGAGGUGUACAUAUCAUUGGAGGAGAAAAUGGGGAUGCUUUUAUUAUAUUUGCAACAGAUGAAGAUGCAAGACAAGCAAUGAGCUACUCAGGACGAUUUAUAAAGGAUUCGCGUAUACAGCUCUUUCUCAGCAGCAAGACAGAAAUGCAGAAUAUAAUAGAAAUUAGUAGGAAAAGGUUUGAUCGUGAUGGAAGAGAAACAAUAACUGGAUCUAGGCGAAUGGGUUCCAGUAAUUCGGAAGCAUCUGGAGUUCGGAACCUUUCAAAUCUAGUUGCAGCCAUUAAAAAGGGAAUUAAUAAAUUUAACUAUGGUUCUAUGGAUCCCUUGGAAGACAAGUUACGUUCAAAUGGCUCUCGAAAGUGUGAUACCAAUAUUUCAAAAUCAAAUGAUAAUCAACCUAGGAAUGAAUCGGACAAUUUGUACUUAUUUGUACGUGGUAUGCCUUACAGUGCAACAGAAGGUGAUGUACUCAGCUUCUUCUCUGGAUUACAAGUGGAUGAGGUGAUCAUGUUAAAACGCAGUGAUGGUCGAAACAAUGGAGAUGGUGUGGUAAAAUUUGCUACAUCGAGUGAUGCCCUAAAAGGCCAACAACGUAAUAGGGAGUUUAUGGGUUCAAGAUUUUUAGAGGUGCAUCCUUCUAAUGAAGAUACAUGGAUUGCAUAUGGUGGAAGAAUUGACAACAAGGUGGAUCCUCCUUUCAGAACUGAACAUUUUGCUCAUUUAAAUGAAAGCUUUUCUUCCAACAGAGAAUAUUCUUCAAGACGAGAGUCAGGCUAUUUGACCUCAAGAAAACACUCCCAUUCAAGGUCUCCCCUGAGGAGGGUGAUGGCACACUCCCAUUCAAGGUCUCCCCCAAGGAGGGUGAUGGCACACUCAAGGUCUCCCCCAAGGAGGGUGAUGGCACACUCAAGGUCUCCCCCAAGGAGGGUUACGGCACACUCUCGUUCACAGUCUCCCCCAAGGAGGGUUAUAGCACAUUCCCAUUCAAGGUCUCCCCCAAGAAGGAUUAUGGUACAGACUCGUUCAGGGUCUCCUUCAAGGGGGGUUAUGGCACGGACCCAUUCAAGGUCUCCUCCAAGGAGGAUUAUGGCACGGACCCGCUCAAGAUCACCAAGGAGGGUUAUACCACAGACCCAUUCUAGGUCUCCAAGGAGGGUUAUGGCACAAACUCUUUCAAGGUCACCUCCAAGGAGGAUUAUAACGCACUCCCAUUCACCUCUCUCUGGUUCAACACGGUCUCAUUUGCCUCAUAACAAAGAGUAUUAUAUACUAAUUAAAAAUCUAUCUGCUGCGGUUGAGAAGAGAGAUUUGAGAGUGUUCUUUGGAGAACUGAAUGUAACUAGUAAUCAGAUUACAUUCUUAAAGCCACAUGAUAAUGAGAAAAGGAAGAAAGAUGCAUUUGUGGUGUUUAAAUCUGAGAGAGAAUAUGAGACUGCAUUGGGCUAUCACAAGAAUGUUAUAUUUGGUGAGCCAGUUCACAUUUUUCCCAUUUCUAAAAAAACAGUGUUGGAGUUAAUAGAAUCUUCUGAAACUAAAAGAUCACCAGAAAGACAGAAAAAAGAAAAAAGUAAUCGAGACGGAUACCCCAGCUCAAAAACAUGUGUAUAUGUAAGAAACUUUCCAUUUGAUGUGACAAACGUUGAAGUACAGAAGUUCUUUGCAGGAUUUAAUAUUGAAAAUAGUGAUAUUCAUUUGCUUUAUGAUGACAAAGGAGUUGGACUGGGAGAAGCAUUGGUGAAAUUCAGAUCUGAAGAUCAAGCCCAGAAAGCUGAAAGCUUAAAUCGCCGACGAUUUUUGGGAACAGAGGUACUUCUAAGAUGUAUAUCUGAGGAGCAAAUGCAGGAGUUUGGUAUUAAUGUUUCACUAAUCUCAAAUGAAAAGAUGCAGAAUAAUCUCCGUGCAUAUGAUAGAAGUGAACAUUUGUAUUCACUUGAUUCACAAGGACCAGCCAUGCAGGGGAACAUAAAGUAUCCAUCUGAUUAUAGACGUCCAUCCGAUGACUUCAUUUGUUCACCUGAUCGUUUUAGAGCCCCUCCCCCCUUUACAGAACUUGGUGCUGCAGGUAUUUCUGGAGGUUUCCCACAUGGACGCUUUAUGCCUGACUCUCAUUUCAGUGGUGGCCCAGAUCGCAUCACGCUGAUUAAAAUAAGGAAUAUACCAUUUCGUGCUGCCCCAAAUGAAAUUUUGGAUUUCUUCCAUGGCUAUAAAAUCAUACCAGAAUCUCUUUCUAUUCAGCAAAAUGAAUAUGGAAUGCCUUCCGGUCAAGCUGUUGUUGCUGUGGCAAAUUAUGAAGAGGCCAUGGCUGUUAUUAAUGAACUAAAUGAUAGGCCAAUUGGUCAGCGUAAAGCUAGGCUAACUUUGGCAUAAAUGAGAGAAUGCACACGAGGAAAGGCAAAGCAAUUUAUAGUAUUAAUGCAUUAAAAUGAUUCACACUUUUGUUAGUGGAAAAUGGGGGGGAUCUUAAUCUCUUUGUAAAUAGUUAUGUCUGAUUUAAGUUUACAAGUUAUUUUGCUUAACUCUUAGAGCUUUUUUGUGAACAGCAUUGGAUCACUUUCGCAGUUAGCUUGCAAAGUGCAUCUUAAUGUAAAUACAGCAUUGUAUUGCAUAUUGUGUAUUCUGUUCUUCAUUCCAUGGUUGCCUGUAUAUUUGCAGCUUAUCUGAACGUGCUGUUUGAUGCAAUACAUAUGCACCUUCCAAGCUAUUAGAUAGGUUGUAAGUCACCCCAUGUAUUCUUAACAAAUGAUCUCAUGAGUGUCUUAAGUUCUUGCUCAUUGUUGUGUCCAGUCACCACUUGUUAAUGUCAGCUCAGCAUUUCUUUUAAAAUAAAUGUACACAUAAUGAAA